AUGCCUCAACACUCGCGGCUUUCCUGCUGGACAUGCCGUCUGCGCAAGAAAAAGUGCGACCGCACACUUCCCCUCUGCAGCAACUGCCGAGGCCUGGGCCUUUCCUGUCGCAAUGGCGACGAGACACGGCCGGGCUGGAUGGAAGGCGGCAAAGCGCAGGAACAGCACGCCCUCGUCAUCCGAGCGCAAAUUAAAGAACACCAGGUCCGAGAGAGAUCACUUGUCGCACAACAUCGCAGGGCCCAAAAACAGCAACGACGCAGUGACGGGAGAUCCGAGCUGCUUAUGCAUGAGGAGGCAUGGGAUACGUCGGCUGCGAAGGAAUCGAGGCCUGCAGGAGCAACAAGCCAUUCGUCAUCAUCCCAAGCAUCAUCGUCCUCGCCUGUUCCUGCGUCGGCGGCCUUUGCGCCGCCCGGGCAAUCGUACAUUUCCGCCGACUUCACCGUCAUGUACCUCGACUACGUGUUUCCCUUUUUGUUCCCGCACUACCGCCCAACCAUCUUUGAAGGCGGCCGGGCAUGGGUCCUGGCGACGCUGCAGACGCAGAAGCCGCUGUACCACACGGCCAUGAGCCUGGCUUCCUUCUUUCUGGCCCUGAUAACACAAACCCCGUCAACAUCAACAUCGACGCCGCAGUCGCCGUCUGAAACAUCUCUGACGGCCCAGUCCCACACAACCCUCCAAUCCUUCUGCGGCGGGUUUAUCUGGGACAUUCUUGGCCAGCACAUGGACGAAGCCAGCCGCGCCGUGCGCGCCGUCAUUGACCGCAUUCCCCGCGCGCCGGCGGACACGGCGCUGGUCCCGCGCACGCGGCUGCUGGUGAACAUUGUGCAGCUGCAAGUGUUUGAAACGGCCAUGGGGACCGGCGCCGGGACGGGCACAGGAACAGGAACACGCGGCAUUCACCUGCGUGCCGCCACAGAAGUGUUUGACGGCAUUGUCCGGCAGUACGAUUCCCUCGGCCACGUCCUGGCGUCGCUCGACAGCUCGUUUUCGGAGGCGCUGCAGGGCACCGGCUGGCGCAUCUGGAACAUUGACCAGGCGGCCUUCCGUUUCGCGGCCAGUGCGCUUCUGUACAUGGACAUUGUGGAGAGCACGACGCGGCAGGGGGUGCCGCACCUGCGAACAUGGUACCCGCGACUGGUUGCGCAAGCGGACGGAAACACAAAAGACACCAGGCGACUCCGCAUGGAAGACGUGGUCGGAUGUCAGGGCUGGAUGCUGAUGGUCAUCAGCGAGAUUGCCGUUCUUGCCAACUGGGCUUACCAGGGCUCUGAGAGGAACAAUGGCGACCUGGGCCGGCUGGCAGAGCUCCAUGCGCGGAGCCACAAUCUUUCAUGGCGCAUCCACGAUGGUCUACGGUAUUUGACGAGAGACACGGAAUCUGCCACAUCUCCGCUCAGUGCAAGUACGAGUGCAAGUGCAGCGUCUCCGCCUCCAGUUUUGCAAGCCUACUACCGGCCCGACAGUGGCGCCCAACUCCAGGAACAGGCCCAAGUCACACGCAUCUGGGCCUAUGCCGGCCUCUUGUAUUUGGAGACAGUCACGAGAAAGUGUGCCUGCGACAACUGCGCCAGCAAGUCUCACAAAGAGAACGCCACAACCGUCCUUGCGCUGUUGCAACAAGUGACGUUGCCGGCUGUGCUACGAGGCCUCAAUUGGCCCAUCUUUGUCACGGGCUUCAUGGCGACCGUCGAGCAACGAGCAGAAAUCCGCAAUAUUGUGGCCACGGCAGGCCCGCUACAGAAAUUCGGCGGCCUGGCGUCGACGCUGCACCACUUGGAGGAGUUGUGGAACCGCCCGCCCCAGCAGCACAACGAACCACCACGCACAUUUCGAGAGUCGGUGGCCUUGCUGGCCGACAGUCCCGUUUUCAUGUAA